ACGAACUCCAAGUGCAGCUGGCGUGGCCUGCAAUUGGUGGUCGAGCCAAAGCAUUAGGAAAAACUAUGUCUGAGACGCCAAGAAGCCCUCGUGGGGAAGACUCCCACGCCCCCGCCCCCAUUGUCGAUGGCGACAUUGACACCAACUGGGAAGAAGUCAUCGAGUCGUUCGAUGGCAUGGAGCUCCGCGAAGACCUCCUCCGUGGCAUCUACGCCUACGGUUUUGAGAAGCCGUCGGCCAUCCAGCAGCGCGCUGUGAAGCCCAUCUUGCUCGGCCAUGAUUGCAUUGCCCAGGCGCAGUCGGGUACCGGUAAGACGGCCACGUUCGCCAUCUCGAUCCUGCAGCAGAUCGACUCGGCGCUCCGUGAGACGCAGGCGCUCAUCUUGGCGCCCACGCGCGAACUCGCGCAGCAGAUCGUCAAGGUCAUCUUGGCCAUUGGCGACUACAUGGGCUGCCUCGUCCAUGCCUGCGUCGGUGGUACUGCCGUCCGCGACGACAUCCGCACGCUUCAGAGCGGUGUCCACAUCGUGGUCGGUACGCCCGGCCGUGUCGGUGACAUGAUCAACCGCCGUGCCUUCCGCACCGACUCGGUCAAGCUCUUCGUCCUCGAUGAAGCCGAUGAGAUGCUCUCGCGCGGUUUCAAGGACCAGAUCUACGACGUGUUCCGCUUCUUGCCCGAGAAGGUGCAAGUGGCCCUCUUUUCGGCCACGAUGCCCCUCGACGUGCUGGAGGUCACGCAGCGCUUCAUGCGCGACCCGAUCCGCAUCCUCGUCAAGCGCGAUGAACUGACCCUCGAAGGUAUCAAGCAGUUCUACAUCGCCAUUGACCGCGAGGAGUGGAAGUUCGACACGCUCUGCGAUCUGUACGAGACGCUUACGAUCACGCAAGCCAUCAUUUAUUGCAACACGCGGCGAAAGGUCGACUGGCUCACGGAGAAGAUGCAGUCGAAGGACUUCACGGUCUCGGCCAUGCACGGCGACAUGGAGCAGCGCGAACGCGACAUCAUUAUGCGCGAAUUCCGCUCGGGCUCGUCGCGCGUCUUGAUCACGACGGAUCUCCUCGCCCGUGGUAUCGACGUGCAGCAGGUGUCGCUCGUCAUCAACUACGACUUGCCCACGAACCGUGAAAACUACAUCCACCGUAUCGGUCGCUCGGGUCGUUUCGGUCGCAAGGGUGUGGCCAUCAACUUUUUGACGAGCGCCGACGCCCGCUACCUCCGCGAUAUCGAGCAGUUCUACAACACGCAGAUCGACGAGAUGCCCAUGGACGUCGCCGAUCUCAUUUAGAGGACGAGCUGUAGAUCAGCCGACUGCACCGAGCGUCUAUUUUCCACCAACAUGUAUUUCUGUCUGCUUGCUGCAAA